AUGGCUGUUAGGAGUAACUCUGCAGUUCAGGUGGUUCCCACUGUGGAACAGUACCUUGAACUGGGAUUUCCUGGGUCAAUCAACCAGAUUUCCCUCGAGAGAAGUCUGGACACGGUUAGAAGCUGUGUAGCAAAGCUGUUCUUCACCUGCUCCCUGAAGGGCCAUUACUGCCUCUACAGUAAAUCCAGCUUUAUUCUCAUUAGCCAGGAGCCUCAACCAUGGAUCCAGAUCAUGUUUCUGUUUCAGCAGAGCCUGUUUCCUGAGCCCCUGUCCAUACAGAGUCGCUCUGUGCAAUUCCUUCGAGCUCUGUGGGAGAAGACCCAAGCAGGGGAUGCUCACAGCUUUGAAAGAGCCAUGUUGGAGUCCACGUUUCCACAGCAGAAGGAUCUGGACCAGGUACAGCUCCAUCUGGAAGAAGUGAGGUUCUUUGACGUGUUUGGCUUCAGUGAAGCAGCAGGAGCAUGGCAAUGCUUCAUGUGCAACAACCCUGAAAAAGCAACCGUUGUAAAUCAAGAUGGCCAGCCUCUUAUAGAAGGAAAACUUAAAGAGAAGCAAGUCAGAUGGAAGUUCAUCAAGAGGUGGAAAACCCGUUAUUUUACGUUGGCUGGAAACCAGCUUCUAUUUCAAAAAGGAAAGUCUAAAGAUGAUCCUGAUGACUCUCCAAUAGAACUCAGCAAAGUACAGAGUGUGAAAGCUGUGGCCAAGAAACGCAGGGACCGCUCUCUCCCUCGGGCUUUCGAAAUCUUCACAGACAAUAAAACCUAUGUUUUCAAGGCCAAGGAUGAGAAGAAUGCAGAAGAAUGGCUCCAGUGCAUCAAUGUGGCAGUUGCCCAAGCAAAAGAGAGGGAAAGUAGAGAAGUAACCACAUAUCUGUAGGGAAUUAAAAGCCAGCUUCAUACACCACAGGCAUUGCAUAUCAUUGCCAAUGCCAAGAAAAACAGAUAAAUUCACCAAGUCAUUUUGUGUCUUAUGAAAUACCAGUGGAGUCCCUAAGAAGAAGGGUCUAAAAUGGUAGGAGUCUUAGGAAAUGUCAAACUCUAACAGUUUUUGUAUUAACUGCAGAAUUAUCUGUGUGAAGCCUACAAA